GUCAGUGAACGCGGCUCCACGUGGUUGAGGUCCGGAGUAAAACCGAAGCAGAGAGCCCCGAACAGUGAGAGGCUUCCAGAGCAGCACCAUGUCUCUGUACCGCAACUCCGCCUGGUUCCUGAAGGGAGUGACCGAGUUCACCAGGAAGGCCUUCUUGGCAGCUUCCAAACGGUUUGUGGAGAAGGACCUGGAGGUGUCCCUGGCUGGACGCUCCUUCAUGAUAACAGGAUCCAACAGUGGCAUCGGGAAAGCCACAGCCAUGGCCAUCGCUAAGAGAGGUGGAACGAUCCACAUGGUGUGCAGGAACAAGGACAAGGCCGAGGAGGCGAGGGCUGAUAUUGUCAAGGAGACGGGAAACAAAGAGGUCUACGUCCACAUCCUGGACCUGUCUGAGACCAAGAAGGUCUGGGAGUUUGCUGAGUCCUUCAAGAGGAAGUACAAGACCCUCAAUGUACUGAUCAAUAACGCAGGCUCCAUCAUGAGUCAGAGGGAUGUGAACGCCGAGGGCCUGGAGAAGAGCUUCGCCGUCAACGUCCUGGGGGUUUACAUUCUAACCAAGAGCCUCAUUCCACUGCUGGAGAAGAGCCCAGAUCCCAGAGUGAUCACCGUGUCAUCAGGGGGGAUGCUGGUGCAGAAGCUCAGGACAGGAAACCUGCAGUCUGAGAGAGGUCGCUACGACGGCACCAUGGUCUACGCCCAGCACAAAAGGCAGCAGGUGGUGAUGACAGAGCAGCUGGCAAAGACUCACGCUAACAUCCACUUCUCCGUCAUGCAUCCAGGCUGGGUGGACACUCCAGCGGUGGCCAACGCCAUGCCGGACUUCCAUCAGUCUAUGAAAGAGAGCCUGCGGACCCCGGAGCAGGGGGCUGACACCGUGGUGUGGCUGGCCGUCUCUGAGGCUGCUACCACGAACCCCAGCGGACGCUUCUAUCAGGAUCGAAAGAUGGUGUCCACCCACCUGCCGCUGGCCUGGACCCACAGCUCCUCUCUGGAGGAGCAGAAGUUAAUGUCACUGCUGGAGGACUUGGCCAAGACGUUUCAGCCACACUGAGUCUGCAGCAGACUGGGUACAGGUACACCACCGACACUAACGCCAUCAGUUCCUACUGACCGAGGCUGGGCUCAGCGUUUCCUCACCCUGCUGGAAAUCUGCCCCAGCACAGGGAGGGCAACAGAUCUGGGUCUGUUUAAUGACAAGUAUUUGGAGUGGUAACAGUCUGUGAUCAGUGGUUGAAGUGGAACAAAUAAGAACUGUGAGUGCUAAGAUGUUUUGAAACCCAGCCUUACGAUGGCAGAUUAAACUGAGGGAUUAAUGACGCUUGUAAUACUUUGUAGCAAUAUAUAUGAUAACAUUUGUUAUUUAUGAGCCUAACUUUAUAAAGACUAAACACUACAUUGUAUGAGUGUUUGAUAGCGAUGCUGCCGUAAAGAUAUAUCGCUGAUGGAGAGAACGCUCAUGAACCACAAACAACCACGUCUGUUACGGUGACUUCAUUACCGUUGUCAAUCAGAUGGGAAUCUGAUGUGACCAGAGUCACUCACAGACCAGCUCUGGGUUCAAUGUCAUGCUUGUGUUUUAAUGACUUACAAAUGUGCCCAGUGGCGUGCAUUUACUAGCUCUGUAGGUAACCUGUCUGUUUGCUUUACUGUGUUGUAGCGACUGUGGUGUACAGGUUGAACCCAGACUGGAGACACAACGUUCUCUCUCUGAGCCGUGGGCCUUAAACACAACACGGCAGCAUCACUUGACAUGUGCAAUAUAACAUAUUCAUUUAUGACAUGGUGAUAUCUGCCCAGCACCUUUAAAAAGGCCUUUUACUGACUGUGACUUUGGCUUGAGUUGAUCAUGUAAAUGCACGCUUGAAUAAAAGAAAACUACUGAU